GACGUAGAGAAAAAUAACUUGUUUAAGCAUCUCACGAACAACCAGUGAAAAUUUGUUUAUAUUAUUUUUAACACUCUGGGUUUGGUGUUUUAUUAUCGUUUGAACUCGAGUGUACUCUGUUGUAAUAAGUAAUUAUUUACACCUAACUUCAGGAUUGCAAUGACAAACAUCAGUAUGAACUUUGCCUGAUUAGCGCAUUGAAAAAAUAGGUUGAUUUCGGAACUGCGCGAUUGCGAUUUAAUCCCUGCACAAGCGAGUGAUAGUAACGAGUCACUGCUGUACGAUGUUUACAAAUAAUUCCGUCUUUGCAAAUUUGUCAUCACCGGUUGUAGGCUGACAGUGCAAUAUAAUCGUCAUCAACCGUGGAACGGUGAAAGAAGUACACUCGAACAAAGGAUCGACUGGUCGUAGACGUGAUAUUGUUAAGUGGCGCAGAAACUGGUGACCGUGUCUCAGUUGGAAAGUAAAUAGGAUUGUAGUGUGUUCAACGUCGGGCCCAAUAUACACGACAAACAGCUGUUGACCGUACCACAAAGCACCAAUAUAUGUAGGCGAAAAAGCCUGCAAAAAUACUACUACAUUCGUGUGCUUCUCAAUGGCUGCUUUGUACAUAUAGUGAUAAUGUACGUCCUAUAGCAGAAAGUGAGAAUUAGGAAACCAGUAAGGAUUAACAUUCACCAAAAAGGAAGAGGAAUAGAUAGCACUGAUUGCACGGUAAACUACGUCGAGCCCCUUUUAAGUUCACUACUUCCAUUGUUCACUAGUGCUAUUCACCGGAUGGAAGAUAAGCGUGUUAACCUCAAUCUGCAUUAGGGUCUCUAGAAGUGGCCCAGUGGCAUCCUACCUAGCGAAAACGCCUAGUAAGAAUAAAUGUACGCAAGUGUAUUUUAUCUGCGUACGGUGUAACGACAACUUCGACGGUCAUCAUCUACGAGCGACCGGUGCGUUUCCAACGCCUUCAAUGCCUCAAUACGCUUAGCGGUAGUUUCUGCUAGUUGAAGGCCUAUUGACCGAUCUGUGCCACUGUUUUGGGACUGAAUCCGGAGUGAACCCAAACCGCUAAAAUGUUGUACGUAUUCCACGUCGAUAUCGGGCGCAUGCUGACGUUCGAGAUGAGCAAAGCUCUAGAGAAUGUACGCUCGCUCAAAGAAACAAUUGAACGGCAUCAUGGCAUACCACGUCAAAGUGUUGUACUGCUCGUCAGUGGCGGUGAGAUACUGCUGGACGACAACCGAGUGUGCAACUAUCCGGCCGGCACGGACACUAACCCGAUUUACAUGUUUAGUACGGAUGCCAAAAAUCAACCGCAACCGUGGCCAAGUAUAGAGGCUGACAAUGAUCUGAAACUGCAGGUGGACAAGUGCCUCGAGCUACCGGCUGCGUACAGUACGGUUGUGAGCCGAUCCCAAUUAGCCCAGCAAAUUUGUGAAAUGGCCAAGGAGGAAGCUAAAACCUGCGAUACGUUGGUGCACGAACAGCACCUGCAGCAACAAGGUUGGGCAGCUGUGGUUGCCAACAUGGAGGAUGUGGUGGCCGAAUUCCAGGAACGGGUUACCGAUUUUUAUCGUCGAUAUGACGAACAUCGACAACAUUACAAAGAGAAUGUGGCAAUUUUAUCCGAAUUUGACAAGGAUCUGAAACAGCUGUCCGAGGUUCCAAUUCUUUCGACGCUAAUGAAAAAUGCUGAUUCACGUCCAUUCGGUGCUUUCGAUGAAGUCUACGCUGACGCUAGCAAUGCGAUCACAAGCUCAUCUACCACCAGCAGUAAAACUGCUAGCAAUCAUGAUCCAACGAGUACUAGUGCUGGGAGCGAAACCAGUGGAGUCCCGGAGAAAUCUCCUUUAGUAUCACCCGAAGAAAACGUUUCGAAAGAGUUGGAAAAUGAGGCGCCUACUGAAGAAACCAAACUAUCGGAGAAAGAUAAGGCAAAGUGUAUUUCGCUACUGGACUGGAUCUCCGCUUCUGAAGGACAGCGUACAUUAAAACGUAUGGCAGAUGAAUGUCUCCGCGGGAUGGAGCAAUUCGAGAAUGCCACCAUGGCGCAACUCAAGGAAAACAUCGUUAAGGCGGUAGAAUUGUCUCAAAGAGAAGAUAUGAAAGAAAUCAAAGGCCUAGAGGCACGUCUUUGUGGAUUGGAGCGAUUGAUGUUUGAUGCAAAAAAGAUCGUGCAGGAUCAGAACGAGCUUGCUCAAUCAUUCCAGCAGAACCAAAACCAAGCAAACAGGCUGGGUGACACGUCAAUUUUGCCGGAUCUUUGUUUGUAUCACCGUAAACAGCUGAUGUUGAUGCAGGAAAACCACAAUCUUUUGCGUGAUAUACGGCGUCGUUGUGCCAAGGCAAAGGAAGAACUGGGUAGCAACCUCUCUCAUCGAUUACGGUAUAUCAUUCACGUCGAAACAAGAGUGUAUGAAAUUGACAAUAGUCUGCUGUUUUAUCACACUGGUUUGAAGCGUCUGCAAAAGCAUCUGGGAAUAAUCGAGCAAAUUCACAUGGCUCCCUGUAUGUACGUAAGUGCCGUGACUGAAGUGGUUCGUCGUAGAAUAUUCUCAAAUUCUUUUCUAAGAUGGGCUUCCGAAUUAGCGUGCCGACUUCUGACAAUCCACAACGAGGAAGUCAUGCGACGGCACGAGUUUACCUCGCAAUUUGAGGGCCACUUUCUUAGCACUCUUUUCCCUGGUAUGGACGACAUGCCGCCAUCGUACGCUAUCCAGGCCCCACCUACUUUUGAUUCUAGUCUACCGAGGUUGAACAAACAAGAUAUUCAGGAGCUUUCAUGCUUCUUGCCUGAGCUCACAGAGAAAAAUCAACUACCGAAUAUGGAUUCUGUGAUAGACUUCUUCUCAUCUAAAUCGUCUGAGACCAAUCAAAGCAAAAACAGUGCUCUGCAGGAGGAAGUCAAAGAAGAUGAAGCAGCAUCUUCUGGUAAUGCUGAACAAGCACAACCGAAAGACGAAGAAAAGGGAUGUGAAUCGGAAACCGAUACGGAGGAGUUUGAAAAAGUGGGACAAAGUCCGAUUGAUCGCCGGCAUAAAACUAGAUCGAAAGUGGAGACUUGCAGCAUGGCCACCUCAACCGAACGAGUGCUAAAGACGAGCGCAGAAACACUGACAGAGGAAAAUCUUGGCACCACACGGUUGGAGGUGGAAAAGUUGAAAUCCCUUCUGCGAAACGUGUACCAGCUGUCGCAGUCAUCGAUAUCCUUCCUGCGUGGACAGUUGGUCGACAUGAAGACGGAGAAUUCCACGAAUCGGGCUGAAUUCCGUAGCCAACUGGAGGCAAUUCAUCGAUCUUGGGUCGCUAUUCAGGAUGCGGCACGCAACCGGGAACGUGAAACCAUUCAACAGUUGACGGUUGACCACGAGCUAGAGAUGAACGAUCUACGGAAAAGCGUACACCAGAAGGAUGAUGAAAUUCAGUCGCUUCGGUCGGAUAACUCGAUCAUGAAGGGCAGUCACAUUGAGACGGUUUCCAAGUAUGAAAGUGAGAAGAAAGAACUGAAUGAAAGGAUUGCCGAAAUGAAAGAGGUUGUUAGUAAAUUGGAAAGGCAGCUAGCGGAUGUAGACAUCGACAAAAAGAAAGCUAUUCAAGAAGCUGUGGAUCAACUAGAACAUAAGCACAAAACCGAGAUCGAAUCGUUGCGAUGUAGAUACAAAUUGAUGACCAGUAUGGAUCGGUCCCCGUCGGAUACUAGUUUGGAAAAGAUCGAAAGGCCAGACAUGAUAGACAUCGUCAGUCAUGAGCAGUUGCUUGCGCAGGCAAGGGAAGAUUUUAAUCGCGAGAAGGAACAGGCAAUUAAAAUUGCUGUCGAGGAAGAACGGCUCCGAUGGGAAGGCACUCAAUCUGCGAAGACACAGCCACCCGUUCAAUCGCAGCGUUCCAUGGGUAGUUCGCCGGGAACACCUCUCGGAAGUCAAGAUGUAUAUAAGAGAAUUUUAGAAGAAAAAGAACGUCAGCUUGAUGAGUUGCGAGAGAAGGAAACACAUUUGUUAAAGGAAAAUCGGCAAUACAUCGAAACCAUCCAAUCGCUGACGGAUCCGGAGUUGUGCACUAAUCAAAUCAACUUCAAGGAACGAGUCGAAACAUUGGAACUCGAAAAGCAGCAAAUUACGAAAGAGCUGGAUAAGCAACGAAGCCGACUCAUCGGAACAGUUUCUAUUGAAUCGUGUUCUAAAGGAGACACUGUGAUGAUUAUUUACAACGCAACCUACGAUCAGUACACAAUUUAUCAGAAUGCUUCGGUGUUGUACUUUUUGCAUGCGGAUAGCUACGCGGCUUUCAACUUGUCGCAGCUAGUGGCCGGGCAUGCGCCGAAAAUUAUCUGCUGUGUUGGUACAGUUAUAGAUAAGGACUACUGCCAUGCUCGAAAGGACGAGAAUAGAUACAAGGUAUCACGUGGUACUCGUUUUUACCGUGUUAAGGUAAAACCUUUGCCAAGCAGCGGCAGUAGCGGUAGCAGUACAUUGAAAAGUGUUGAUCCAGACAAGCACUCGCAUAAAAAGGAGAAAAGCAAAAUGGCGGAAUUGAGCCGUUCGUCAUCGACUAUUACGGAUCAAAGUAUAACAGCUGGUACGCCCGGAUUACUGAUCGACUCGUUCGCACAAACCGAACAAAUUACCUCACAGUUGAUGGAAGAUUCGGCAAUCAUCAAAACCAGUACCAGCCGGGAUAUGAUUGACUCAGGUGUGGUGGAACAACAGAAAAGCACCUACAAGGAGCGCAAUAUCAGUGUGACGGAUGAUGAGGAUGUGGCAUACGGCGCUAUUGCCGGUGUCGGUAUUGAUGACAGUGAACCGGACCGGCUGCGCUAUCAGAGUGUUUGCGAAGAGGAGCAGGAUGAGCUGACCGAGGAUGUUCAGCCGGAAAGCAUCAGUAGUAAUACUACGGUGUCGACAUUGUCUUUUGGAGCGCUACUGCUGCAUUACUUGAUGCUUCCAAAAUCUCACUGAAAAUUACUUUUAGUACCUUAUGUGUAAGGCAGGACCUAAUUUAUUUUGCGAACCUACAUGUAAUUGUACAAGCGAUGAAAUUCAUUCUUCUUCAGUUGUUUACCUAUCGAUCCAGUACAGAAACUCAACGCAAUGGUGGUCGAUUGAAUCAACCGUGAUACAAAAAGUGUAAUUUUUUAUUUGUAUGUACUUGGUGAUAAGGAUUUCUAGAAAUGAGAAUAAGCUUGAACAACGGAAACCGUACUGAACAAACAAAUCAACUAAACAUUUUUCCUUCUUCAGAAGAAGUCAUUUUCUCUUAUAAACAUAGUCGAUAUCGUUAUAAUCGCUUAUAUUUAGUAUGCAGAAAUAAGAUUGAACGACCGGAACAUAACUUCUAAAAAGGAUGCGAAUGGACUAGAGUGACUAUGUACUAUGCAUUAUAAGAGCUGACAUGAAUGACGUGGUCUGUAAUUAAUAAAACCAAUCAGAGGUGAUAUUUGUUAUUCAAUCAAUUUUACAGUUUGUUAGAGAGCAUGAUUGAACGCUUUUGUCGUUGAAAAUAGCUAGUAAGAUGGAAUUACGCGAUAGUAGUCAAAACUUUGUCAAACGACUCAAUACGUUUAUAUGAAAAAUAAAUAACUAAGAAAAAAAUAACCCCGGCACUUCGUGGAAGCAACUGAAACAGUGAGUACGGAAAACGAUUAUAAGCUACUGGCAGACAUUAGUAGCAACUAAUUGAAAGCAAAUAACGUUUAGUGUACAUUGGUUUUGUUCGAAUUUGACGUCCUUUUACAUCUUGUGAUCGGAUUUUCGAACAAACAAAUGUGCCGUAUUUUGCCGAUUAAAACAUUGAUAGAACUCUCGACCACUGUAAAUCAAAUGUAAUAUAAUAUUUUGGUAUCGAAAUGAAAAUGUAGAUAAUAAAGAUGCUAUUAAACACGGAAA